AUGAACGGAUACUCUCCAAAUUCGACCGAAUAUACCCAAACCAUUCCCUUCUUCAUAUGUAGCGGACAAGAGCAGGCUUGUAAAGAAAAUUGUCCGCCCGGAAAUAAAGAUUGUACAGAUGGUUGUACAAGAAAUUGUUCAGCUACCGAUCCGAAGAAGUACACUGCUACCGCGCCUACGUCUACUUUCGGAUCAUCUUUAACUCCCACUUCAGGAUCAUCUUUAACUCCCACUUCAAGAUCAUCUUCAACUCCCACUUCAAGUCAAUCUGGUGGUAAUAAAUCGGAUGGUCCUAAAUCCACUGUUAAUGCGUCUACCGCUACGUCUCCAACUUCAACUGCAACUCCCACCGGUAGUAAGAACACUGCUAUUACUAAUAUCCCAAUGGCCACUAUUAACGGUUCUUUUGUGGUGUUUUUGACUGCUGUGUUGGUGAUGUUCAAUAGACUUGAUUAA